CUGGCCAAAGCUCUGGUGUUUUACUACCCCUUCGCCGGGAGGCUCCGGGAGGGUGUUGGCCGGAAACUUAUGGUGGAUUGCACCGGGGAGGGGAUCGUGUUUAUCGAGGGCGAUGCUGACGUCACGUUGUCGGACUUCGGAGAUGCCCUACAACCUCCAUUUCCAUGCGUGGAGGAGCUUCUUUAUGAUGUUCCUGGCUCCGGUGAUGUUCUCAACUCUCCUUUGCUUCUCAUUCAGGUCACCCGCCUGAGAUGUGGUGGCUACAUCUUCGCAUUGCGUCUGAACCACACCAUGACCGAUGCAUCAGGUCUUGUCCAGUUCAUGACCGCCAUUGCUGAAAUAGCGCGGGGCGCCCCUGCUCCGUCGGCGCUCCCAAUUUGGCAAAGAGAACUCUUAAGUGUGCAGAAACCUCCACGUGCCACGACGGCGGCGUACACCCACCACGAAUACGACCAAGUUUCGGACUCAAAGGGAACCACCAUACCCACAUGUAAGAUGGUGCAGCGUUCUUUCUUCUUUGGACCGACGGAGCUCGCCGCUCUCCGCCGUCUCCUCCCCAUCCACUUAUCCAACUCCUCCACCUUCGAGAUUCUAACGGCGUGCCUGUGGCGCUGCCGCACUGUCGCCUUCCGACCUGACCCGGAAGCGGAGGUUCGGAUGCUUUGCAUCGUCAACGCCCGGUCCAGAUUUAGUGACCCUCCCUUACCGGAAGGCUACUACGGCAAUACGUUGGCGUUCCCGGUGGCGUUA